AUGCAAGGUUCUGACGGCCUAUUGGGAGCCAAUUACGUGCUCACCACGAUUGGUGAGAAUGAAACAAAGGCAAGUCGUAUCCAGCUUCACCAAGUGAAGGCUGAUACCUGCGUGCGCGUUACCAGCGAGCCAUUCUCGUCGGCACGGCGCAGCACGCCCGCAUAUUCCCGGCUCUUGGCGCUGUCUAACAAAUACGGGUAUAUUGCUGUCGGGGCACCUUCAGGAAUCAGCGUUUUUACGACUGCAGAUGCGGAAGCAGCACUUGUCAGCGGUGACGCGCCUGGUGACGGUGAGCCCGUUGUUCUGGCGAAGCGAAGCGAGAUCAGUGUGGGCAAGGUCACGCAUGUAGCUCUCAGUGCUGACGAGCUCUCGGUCAUUGUGGCAUUGGCGACUGGCUCGGUUCUGGUGUUCGCGGUGGGCGACCUGCUUGUCAGCCCCGAUGCGAAGCCAUCCAUGACCAUCGAUGUGGACGACGAGAUCCGCGACUUGCGACCCAAUCCACUGGAGAUGCCAACGCUGGUAGCAGUACUGACGCUGAGCGGUGCCGUUCUGAUGGCGGAUAUCGCACAAGGGACGACAACGAGGAUCACCAGCAAUGCAGACUCAAGGGUUACUGCUAUUUGUUGGUCCCGGAAGGGCAAGCAGAUUGUGUGUGGAGAUACCGAUGGUGUUCUCACGCAGCGGGCACCCAACGACGGCGCAGCCAAGCGCACCAUUCAACCACCGGCCACAGAGAACCAUCCCAGUUCAUUCGCUGUGUUGGCCGUCGACUGGAUCGAGACCUACACGUUCAUGGCCAUCUAUGGCGAGUUCCCGCCUGGCGGUUUCGUGUCUGGCAAUGGCGGCGGCGGUAAUGGAUCGGCUGAUGACGAGGACGAGUUUGAACAAGUCCAAACUGCAGCGUACAUUAUCACGCAGGCCAAGAAGCAGGCGCCCAUGCACUGGAAGUAUAUCGAGGAUCCAUGCACGGCAAUGGAUUUCCCAAUGCGCUACCCGGGCUUCCACUUUGCUAGCAUCUACGAUUGGGGAGCAAGCGUGCCGCACAUGCAGUUUUUGACGAGCACGGGCUCGACCGAUGUCAAGACGAUUGCACACUGCCUGCCAGGCGUGCUUGAGGGCGGUGAUGCUGGUAGCGAUGGGCCUGACUGGUGCGAUCUGGAUACUGACCCGUUCCGUGGGCAGUUCCCACUAGCGGUGGUCAACACCGAAGAAAAUGAUACGACGUCGCUAGGCAUGGCCAUUGACUUCACCAGCACUCGUGAUCUGCCGCCGCUUAACCCCGAGGAUUCGACGGCGCCCAUGCCACCGCAGCCCAUCCUAUGGAUCCUAACCACUGACGGCUGUCUGCUUGGGUAUUAUGUCUACAACACGGUCGAGAUUGAGCGCGGCCAGCAGUGCACGGGCAUGGUCAAGCAGGUGCAGCCACUGCCUGGAGCCGCAGUAUUGCCGGCCACUUCCGCCAAAACUCAGGCACCGGCUGCGGAGAAAGAGGAGGAGUCAUCGCUGAUAUCUGGAUUCGUCAAGUCCAAGGCAUUUGGCGGUACUUUCUCGUCGAUUCUUGCUCCAAAACCCAGCAGUGGCUUGGGUAGGACGCCAGGAUUUGGCACGCCCAAGGAGUUUAAGCCGUCGUUUGGGCCAGCGGGCGCUUCAGCGUUUGGGAUGACAACGAAGGUGGCGCCAAACUCUAACGCGCCUACGACGUUUGGUAUCAGUGGGCAGCGCACGUUCGGUCAGGUGGGGGCAUCGGCAGGGGCCGCUGGUGCGACGUCGUUUGCAGCACUGGCAGAGAAGAAUUCAGGGUCAUCCGGCAGCAUAUUUGACCAGCCAGCCAGCGGCCCGUCGCUUUUUGACCAGCCACCGUCAAAGUUCGGCUCGAGCAUGGCCAAGAAGCAGUCGUUCUGGGGGGAACCAGUUGUAGUGGCGCCUGCCAAGAAGCCCGAGCCUGCAUCGACCACCAGCUCAAAGGCUGGUGCCAAUAUACCGGCCAGUGUUGCCUUUGGCAGUGCAACUGGUGCUGGGGUAGUAAAGGGAUCGGUGUUUGCGCAGUCGCGCAAGGUUGGUGAGUCGAAACCAGCAGACACAGCGGUAGCUGAAACCAAGCCCGUGACCUCGAUGCCGAUGUUCUCGACUGCCAACCUAUUGAAGCCCAGCUUGUUCAAAUCCCCCAAGCAAGGCAAGGGCGAUGUUGCCAGUCCCUUUGCGAUUAAGAAGUCACCUGAGGCGAUCGAGAAGCACGUCUCCUUUGCUCCUAUCCCGUCGAAGAAGACCGAUGCGCCCAAGCCGCCCACUGCCGAGGAGAUUGCAGAGGCGAAGAAGCUUGCAGAGGCCGAGCAGAAGCGGAUUGACAAGGAGCGCCGCGCAAAGCAAGCCGAGGUGGAGAGACUGGCUGCUGAGGAGCAGAAACGCGCCGAGAAAGAACAGCGGGCCAAGGAGCGCGAGGAGCACCGCCUAAUCCAGGAGCAGAAGCGUCACGAGGCGGAUGAGCGCCGCGCCGAGAGGAGGCGCCGCGGUGAGCUGCGUCAGGACCUCAGGCGUAUGUCCAGCCAGCUGGUCAGAAACCAGUUUGUUUUGACCCUGAACAAGUUUGACAGCGAGCUGAAGCAGUUCAAGAAGUCGGUGCGGCGGUCUCGCCAGACGAUCAAGGGAGUCCAUGCAGCCACUCUGCCGCCGAUCGAGAUCGACGAGUCGGUGACCAAGCUGGCGUCAGCUACGGUGCGCCUCGAGUCUUUGAGCAUCGGGGAUACCGGGGCCUGGAACAGCUUUGCCGAUGUGCUGGCUGGUGCUCUGUUGCAGUCGCGCAAAGACCUGGAGAGCAGCUACAAGGGGAUACGAGACGAGCAGGCAGAUCUGUCUCGAAUCGACACCCGCGGCAGUGAGAUCAAGCGCAUUCUGGAGUCUGCCAAUUCGAUGCGUGCAGCGCCCAAUGCGACUGUCGAUGGCGGAAUGAACCCGCUGCAGCGCGAAAUCCAUAGGCGCCUCCAAAAGAACCUCACUGCCAUCAAGGACAGCUCGGAGCGCGCUAGGGAGCUGGUCGAGGCUGUGGAGGCCAAUCGCCAGUGCUCUGAUGGCUUGCUUGGCAGCAGCCUGCUUGGCCCAUCGCCCGAAUCGAUCGAUCGAAAGAUGAAGAGCAUCGACAAGUCGCUGGCCACGAACAAGGAUGCGCUCGAUAGGAUUGCCAAGGAGCUCAACGAGAUGAAGGUGAGUGAGCUGUCGGCCGAGGAGGCCCAGAGGAGCUCGCGCAUGGCGCGUGAAACUCUGGACCGGGUGAUCGCGACUCCCGCGCAGGCUGAUACGGGAGCCCCGCUGCGGGCUGCUACCGACGGCCAGCCCUGGUCGCCACACGCGCUGCCAUUUGCUGCUGCUGAUGAAGGCGAAUCUGCCGACCCGCUGCGUACGCCGAUCAGAAGUCCGACGCAGAAUCCGCACUAUCCGCACACGCGAGUGCGCACACUGACGCGCCGCUCGGUUAAGCCCACUCGCCGCCAGUCGUUGGUUCCCGAUAGCGAGAUAGCAGAUCUCGAGCUGAUGGCUACUGGAGACGUCGGCAACAAGGUGUCGAAGCCAUCUGCAGCAACGGCGUUUAUCCAGGCUCGACGCCGUCGCGCCUUGGUGAGUGAGGCCCUGACUGGUAACGCGCGUAGCGCAGCAGUCGUCCUGAUCGCAAAGACGCCAAAGAGUGCACGGUAUCUGGCAAUGGACGGCGAGGAGAGCAUAGUACCAGAGCCUCUGCUCAUGCCAAACAUGGAGCGGUAUGUCGAGGCUUUUGGAAGGCUGAAUCCUGAUGGUGGGGAAACGGUGGGUGCCGGUCUGGAAUCGGACUACGAGGAGACUUCCGAUUCUGAGCAGGCAGUAGAAGAGGCUGAGGCAGAUGGUGCCCAGUGGCCGCAGGUCGAACCGGUUUCCGACUACGAAGAUGACGAAGAGGAAAGGCCAAGUACGGAGUGGGAGACAGAGACUGAGGGGGAGUCUGAGACAGAGACUGAGGAGGAGUCGGAUGGGGAGCAGAGCGCAGAAUCCGAGUCUGGGGAGGAGCAAGAGGGAAGGCAGAAAAAGACAGCCGAGAGUGAUGGUGGCAAGGAGCCUGUAGAUGGAGGCUCGGCAAAGGACACCGCUGCACCGGCCGUGGCUUCCAAGACGGUAGCGUUCAGCAGCCCUGUACCCAAUCUCCCGGCAGGCACCGUUUGGCAGUGCGAGAAGUGCAGCAUGUCGAACACUGGCCCUUGGAGCAAAUGCAGUCGCUGCAAUGCACCAAAGCCCUCAGCGACGAGCGAGGCCAAAUCCGAAGAACCCAAGCUUGCGGUAAAGGCGGAUGCUGCGGAUGCAACAGAGAGGGCUUUUACACCUCUGUCAGCCAGUGGUUUCAAGGUGGCGGCGGUCGAGGAUGGCAAGUGGAAGUGUUCGACAUGCGACCUGCUCAGUCCUAACUCUGCAUCCAAGUGCACUGUCUGCGAAGCGCCAAAGCCUGGAGCGGUUACCGAUGAGGCGACGAAGGCUGGCACACCAGCUAUGCCUUCAUUUGGCAGCUUUAAACCUACUGGUGGAUUGCAGUUUGGGACCAGCAACACAUCGGUGUUUCAGGCCACACUCAGUGAUACUGGCGGGUUCAAGAGAUCGUUCCCUGGAUUCGUGCCGCCUGGGGCCGAGAAACCUGCCGCUGGGCAGGAUGUAACCUCGCUGGCAGGCAUGACCACUGGUACCGGUGUAGGCGUUCCUGGGUCAAGUGGUGCUGGUAUCUCCACGCCACUGUUCCGUGGAUUCGUGCCGCCUGGUGCAGAGAAGGCUGCUGCAGAUAAGAGUUCGAAGGACACUGCAGCACGGCAUGAAAGCAAGACGGCUGAUGCUGAUGCGGGUGUACCUGGGUCAAGUGGUGUUGGUAUCUCCAAGCCACUGUUCCGUGGAUUCGUGCCGCCCAGUGCAGAGAAACCUACUAUCGAGGAGGAUUCGAAGCGUGCUGGUGCACCGGAUGAAGGCAAGACGGCUGAUGCUGAUGCAGACGUGCUUGAGGUGGGUGGUGAAGUGGAUCAAAAAAAGGAAAGCCAUGAUUCGGAAAGUGGAUCGGACGAUUUUGCCCAUGUUAGUCAGCAGACAGAGAGCCAGGCUGAGGACAUCGCUGACGAACCAGCGGAAUCGGAUGGCGAGGAGUCUAAGCAGGACUCUGCUUCAAGGCCGGCACCUACCAAGGAUGUGCAAAUGUCUCUAGCGCUGGCUGAAUCUGCGCCGUUGGACACGGAUUACGACCGGAUCAGCCAGGGAAAGGUUGCACAGGCUGGACUCGACAGAGUGGAGGUGCCAUCGGCUGCGAUUACUGUUGAGAGCGCAAGGGUCGAGGAUAUUGCCAAAUCGGCAUUGGCAGUUGGCAGCGAUGCGCAAAACGAGCACAGCGACGUGCCUGCUACUUUGCCAAUUGUUGAGAAGGCGAAGGUUGAGGAUAUUGUAGAGUUGGCGCUGCCAGCAGGCAAAGGCAAGCCUGCAUUGGAGAUUUCUGAAUCGGCCAAAGUUCAGCUAAACGCUGACUACGACAAGAUCAGCACUCCCAACGAGUCGCUAACGACUGAGCAACAGAAGGCUGCCGAGGGCAGCUGUUUGGACCAGGUUGUUCCUGAAGAGGCUCGAGCCGUUGAUGCUAUUGCAGGUGCUUUGGUUGAGGACGUAGUUGAAUCGGCACUUCGCUCUGCUGCUGAUGUGGGCAGUGAGGACGAUGCUGCUGCUGUAUUCGAGCAGGCAGUUGCUGAGGUUGCCGGUCAGCCUGGCGCCAACGAUACUAUUUGCACUGGAGUCGAUGUGACCAUCAAGAGUGACGAUGCCGCCAAUGGCGCCCAGAAGCCGUCCGCAGAUGUGGCCACUAGCGAGGACGCUACACAGUUGGCCGACGUCGCGGAACCCAAGACGGAGUCUGAGGCCAAGGAGGACACAGAGGGAACUGAUUCGACUGCGUCAGAUAAUGAAUCGGACGAUUUUAUCCAUGUUAGCCAGCAGGCAGAGAGCCAGGUCGAGGAAAUUGCUGACAGAAUGGCACCCGAUGCGGGCGGUGCGAUCCAGGCUGUUGCUGCUAUCACUGGGUCUAGUGCUGCUGAUGCUUCUGGCGAAAGCAGCGCAGAGCAGACUAAUGAGCUGUCAGAGCUGGAGCGCGUGGAUGUCGAUCAGCUAGUUCGUGGUGUCUCCGUCGAGGAUAUUGUUGCUGCCGCAGUUCCUGCACUUAUCUGUUCGUCGUCUGUGCUGGAGGCACCGGAGCACGCACGCCAGCAGGCGGGUAGUGCUGCUGUGGAGGGCAUCGUUGAGAGUGGCUCUACGAAUGUAGUGGAUGCGGCAUCCGUCGAAAAUGAUGCUGCGGAACAGCCUAUGAGCCACAUUGCUACAGAAGCUGAUGUCGAUGAAUCGCAGCCGUCGGAUGAUUUCGAAUUCUUGUCACACCCAGACAGCUUUGAUGGCACUGGCCGCAUAUCCCAGGCCGAUCUCAGGGCAGAGUCGGCACCAGCAGCGCUGUUUGGUAUGGAUGCCAUUUCGUCGAGCCUUGAUGAUGCAGCGGCAAAUAUCGUGUCUGAUGCAGAUACCGAAGAAGUCGAGGAAAGCGACGACGACGACGACGUGCCGAAUAUUGCUGCCGAGACGCCUCCGCCUGGCAUGUCUCCAUCACCAGCUCCUGGCGCAUCGUCUCUUUUCAAACAGUCGUCUCUCUUCAGAGAGCCAUCAGCGUUUGGCCAGAAGCCUUCGGCGCCGGCGCCUAGUACUUCGUCGGGUGUGUUCAAAAAGGGUGCAUUCGGGAACUUGGGCAGCUUUGGAGGAAACCCCAAGUAUGUCGUUGCUUCAACGGACGCCAGCACGUCCGGACUGCCCAACGCAUUCUCGAGCACAGCCGGGAGGACACGCAUGCCGGAGUUUGGCUCGAAACUCGGCAAGCCAGCGUUUGGCGUGGCGUCAAUGACUCAAGUGAAGCGCAUUGUGUCGCCCACUGCUGGUGCAGCGAUGGGGACAUUCGGCAGCAAGUCGUCUGGAUUUGGAGCUGCGUCUGACGCCUCGAUCAAUCCGUUCGACAAGUACAAGGAGGCAUCGUCAGACCAGGCUUUGGGUGGCCCGAACCCUGCAGCUGUGUCGCCAAAUGUUGCGUCUCCGAGGACGACAAGCAAGAACACGCAAAAGCCAGGCAAGCCAGGCAACGGCAUGGACGAUCCAGUGCGCAGGAUGAUCGAGGGGAGUGACUACGAGGACAACUCAGAGGCAGAGCUCGGCGACGAGUCUGACUGAGGAGGGUCGCUGCUUGUACUUGCUUGGUUAUCAAUAUAUCAGCAUUUUGUUCGUAAAAUUGGCAGUCC